GAAGUGGCUUCACUGAGGACAUUGGAGCAAAGAGAGGGAGUGGAUACAGGGCUGGGACACCCAGUGAGGGCUUCGUAAUAAUGAACAAUGAGAGGCAUUGGAUGGAUGAGAAAAUCUUGGAUCUGACCCUGGAGAUCAUCUACCUGCUGACUGGAGAGGAUCAUAUGGUUGUGAGAAAGACCGGUGUGAGCAGUCAUCAGAUACCAAAAGCAUUCAGCAGAAUCCAGAGGCUGAGAACAGUGACUCCGCCCAACUGUCCAGUAAAUGGCAGAAUCAAUGACCAAAAGAUCCUGUAUCUCACCAACAAAAUCAUUGAGCUGCUGACUGGAGAGGUUCCUAUAAGAUGUGAGGAUGUCACGGUUUAUUUCUCCAUGGAGGAAUGGGAGUAUGUAGAAGCACACAAACACCUCUACAAUGACGUGAUAAUGGAGAACCACCAGUCACUCUGUUCACUGGAAAAAUGCGUACCUGUUGGAUUUCUCACCUCUGAUUCGUUGCCUGGUUUUGAACCCAACUUUCAGGUUGGUUAUAAAACGUGUGGUGAAGGAAAAUCACUAAAAGUCAACAAACCAACAAAAGGCUUGAAUCUCAGAAGCACAGACAUUUUUACUCACAGAGAAUAUAGAGAGGCAGAAUAUGCAUCUACUCAUAGUAAAGAGGAAUCAGCCUCAUGUGAAGUAGGAAAUCUCACAGACAUUUCUAUACUCCUAGAACAUCCACCGACAGAUUAUUUACAGCUACAUAUUAAAGAAGAACCAGGUGUAUGCCAAGGGAAAACACUCCCAGAUCCUGACCGUUCUAUUCACACUGAACAGAUGGAAAAUACUCUUACUUAUAUUGAAGAUUGUCUAAAUUCAAAAACAAUAACUCCUAACAAGUUCUUAAUCGAAUCUGGGAACAUUGGUAAAAAAAUUAAUUUUAGAUCAGGUAAAUGUCCGAUUACAUACAACACAGAGGAAAUACUGAACUCUACUGAUCGUCUGAAACAUUUUAACAAGAACUCUGAGCUCAUCAAGCGUCAUUCAGCUGAUAAUGAGUUUGUUGUAAAUGAGACAAAUGAGAAACAACAGAAGACUCACACAGGAGAGAAACCAUUCAAAUGUCCUGAAUGUGGAAGAUCCUAUACAUGGGCUUCACAACUUGCGUCACAUAGAAGGAAUCACACAGGAGAAAAACCAUUUAAAUGCACUGAGUGUGGUAAAUGUUAUAUUUGGGCCUCACAACUUGCUUCACAUAAAAGGGUUCACACAGGAGAAAAACCAUUUAAAUGUGUGGAUUGUGGGAAAUGUUUUAACUUAAAGUAUGAUCUUAUGAGGCACCAAAGGAUUCACACAGGAGAAAAACCUUUUGCAUGUUCUGAAUGUGGGAAAUGUUUUAAUCAACACUCUAACCUUAGCAACCAUCAGAAGUUUCAUAAAGGUGAAAAACCAUUUAAAUGCACAGAAUGUGGGAAAUGUUUUAAAGUAAAACAAGAUCUUAUCAGACAUCUGAAGUUUCACACAGGGGAGAAACCAUUCUCAUGUCCUGAAUGUGGUAAAUGUUUCACAUUGGCUUCUCAGCUUGCAUCUCAUAAAAGGAUUCACACAGGAGAAAAGCCAUUUAAAUGUACUGAAUGUGGGAAAUAUUUUAAUUUAAAGCAUGAUCUUGUGCGGCAUCAGAAGAUUCAUACAGGAGAAAAGCCAUUUUCAUGUUGUGAAUGUGGGAAAUGUUUUACCCAGGCCGCACAUCUUUCUAGACAUCGGAAGAUUCAUGUAGCAGAAAAACCUGUUUAGAUGCAUGGAAUGUGAUAAAUGUUUUAUCCUCAAUUUCAAAGGAAUCCUACAAGAAAAGGCAAUGUAAAGCGAUACUUCUAGCACCACACCACCAUCUUUUGCUGGGCGUAUGUACAUUGGGCAGAUGGAUGUUGUAGAAGUCAU